AUGGUUUUAACUUAUCAUAAUGGUGUUUGUUUUGAGGAGAAAGUGUCGUGUGAAAUCAGAGAGUGGCCUUCAAUGAUGUGGAAGAAGUGGAUUGUGCAAGCAACGGCGGCAGUACUUACGGCACGGAGUCCAUAUCUGGCCCGUGCAGCUGCCCUCGUGUUAGUCAUCACCAUUAUUAUUAGGGCGGUUCCCGGCGCCCAGGCCGCGGACCUGGUGAUCGAGAUCCCGGCGUCGGGCGCGGGCGCGGACGCGGCGGGCGCGCGCUACCGGCUCGACUACUUCCCGCCGCACGGCUCGCCCGCGCCCAACUUCACCGUGCCCGCGCGGGCCUCCACCAUCAACUUCCAGGGCCUGCCCGGCACCAAGUACCACUUCAUGCUCUACUACUCCAACGCCACCUUCGCCGACUUGCUCACCUGGAACCAGACCAUCGUCACCGCGCCGGAGCCGCCGACGAACCUGAACGUGACGCAGGGGCGCAACAAGAAGACGAUCAUCACUUGGUCCCCGCCCGCGCACGGCGACUACACCGGCUUUCGGUUCAAGGUGAUCCCGCUGACGGAGGCCCGCGAGGGCGCGCGCAACAUCACGGUGGAGGGCGGCAACGGCAGCUACGUGGUGCGCGACCUGGCGCCCGGCGCCACCUACCAGCUGCACGCCUUCACGCUGCUGCACGACAAGGAGAGCGCUGCCUACGCCUCGCGCAACUUCACCGUCCGUCCGAACACGCCGGGCAAAUUUAUCGUGUGGUUCCGCAAUGAGACCACGCUGCUGGUUCUGUGGCAGCCACCAUAUCCGCCCGGAGCCUACACGCACUACAAGGUGUCGAUUGAGCCACGAGACGCGCGAGACUCCGAGCUGUAUGUAGAAAAGGAGGGCGAGCCACCCGGACCUGCACAGGCUGCAUUCAAGGGGCUGGUGCCGGGGCGCGCGUACAACAUCUCGGUGCAGACGGUGUCGGAGCCCGAGCUGUCGGCGCCCACCACGGCGCAGUACCGCACCGUGCCGCUGCGCCCGCGCAACGUCACGCUGGACCCCCGGAUGCUGCGCGAGCGCUCCUUCCGCGUCUCCUGGCUGCCGCCCGCCGACCACAGGUACCAGUGUCUACUGUGUGUACUGUGUAUACUGCGGAGCCCGAGCUCGAGGCGCCCACCACGGCGCAGUACCGCACCGUGCCGCUGCGCCCGCGCAACGUCACGCUGGACCCCCGGAUGCUGCGCGAGCGCUCCUUCCGCGUCUCCUGGCUGCCGCCCGCCGACCACAGGUACCAGUGUCUACUGUGUAUACUGUGUAUACUGCGGAGCCCGAGCUCGAGGCGCCCACCACGGCGCAGUACCGCACCGUGCCGCUGCGCCCGCGCAACGUCACGCUGGACCCCCGGAUGCUGCGCGAGCGCUCCUUCCGCGUCUCCUGGCUGCCGCCCGCCGACCACAGGUACCAGUGUCUACUGUGUGUACUGUGUAUACUGCGGAGCCCGAGCUCGAGGCGCCCACCACGGCGCAGUACCGCACCGUGCCGCUGCGCCCGCGCAACGUCACGCUGGACCCCCGGAUGCUGCGCGAGCGCUCCUUCCGCGUCUCCUGGCUGCCGCCCGCCGACCACAGCGAGUUCGAGAAGUAUCAGGUGUCGGUGGCGCUGGCGGAGAGCGGCGGCAGUGGUGGGGGCAGUGGGGGGGCGCGGCGCCUGGCGCCCGUGGUGCGCGCGCGCGAGGAGCCCACCAGCGCCGCCUUCGAGGGCCUGGAGCCCGGCGUGCACUACACCGUCACUGUCAAGACCAUGUCCGGCAAGGUCACCUCCUGGCCCGCAGCCGCCGACUUCACCCUCAAGCCGCUGCCGGUGCGCUCAUUGCGAUGGCGCGAGGCGGACGAGGGGGAGGGGCAGGGGCACGGGAGUGGGGGGAGGGGCACCGGCGCACUGCUGGUGAGCUGGGAGCCCGCAGACGGCAGCACGCAGGACGAGUAUAAGGUGUCGUACUAUGAGACGGACCCCUCGCAAGAAGACAGCAACACGUUGACUACUCCCAACACCAACGUCACGCUUGAGGGUCUACUGCCAGGAAGGAAUUACACAAUUUCGGUGUGCGCGGUGUCUCGUGGUGUGGAGUCAAACGAGAGCGUGGUGUGGGCGGCGCGGCGGCCGCUGGCGCCGCUGCUGCAGGGCGCGCCGCCCGCGCCGCCCGGCCCGCCCGCCCUGCGCCUCGCCUGGCGCGCGCCGCCCGCCUCGCGCCAGGCCGCCUUCCGCCUGCGCUACCGCCGCACCGACCCGCCUGACGACUUCCGCACGCUGGAAACGAGCGACACAAACGCAACGCUAGAAGAUUUGUACCCGGGCACAGUGUACGAGAUACAAAUCGCCGCGAUCAGUCACGGCCUGCAAAGUGAUUGGUACACCAUACUCGAGCCAGUCCGUCCUCUGCCGGCACAGUGGCUGCAAGUGGAGCGCGCGACAUCCAACUCGGUGUCGGUGCGGUGGCGCGGUCCGGCCUCCGGCGCACUGGGGGGGCUGGCUCUGCGCUACCGCACGCAGCAUCCCGCCUCGGCCUGGACCAGUCUGCCGCAUCUGCAGCCCGCACUCACCUCCGCAGAAAUCACUAAUAUGACGCACGGUGAACGUUACACCAUCGAGCUGGAUACUGUGAGCGAAGCUGCCGACCAGAAGACGGUCACCAGUGGAGAGCCGCUCACCGCCGAGCACACUGUCCGUCCGAACCCUGUGUCGAACGUGGAGCAGCUGGCAGACACGCUGAACAUGACGCUGGAGUGGCCGCGCCCCGCCGGCCGCGUGGAGUGGUACGAGCUGCGCUGGUGGCCGAGCGGCGAGGAGGGCGAGGAGGGAGCGGAGGGCGGGGAGGGCGCGGAGGGCGAGGCGAUGGGCGCGCGCAACAUCAGCGCCGGGGAGGACGGCUCUACGCGAGUGCGCGCGCUGCUGGGCGGGCUGCGGCCGGGCCGCGGCUACCACGUGUCCAUCGCGGCGCACUCCUACAACCUCACCAGUGACCUGUUCACCAUGCACGCGCGCACGCGUCCCGUUAUCCAAUCAGAGAUGAUCGUGAACGAGUCCAGCCGACCCGAGUCCGACGACAAUGAAACCGUAUCUGCAGACUUGCGCGUGGUGUACACACGCACACCUGCAGCCGCGGCGCAGUUCGACGCGUACCGCUUCCGGCUGGAGGCGGCGGGCGAGGCGCCGCGCACGCUGCAGCGGCCCGCCGCGGCCGACUCGCACGCGGUCGACUUCCGCGGCCUCGUGCCCGGCCGCCUCUACAACCUCACCAUGUGGACCGUCUCGCGCAACGUCACCAGCCACCCCGUGCAGCGCCAGGCGCGCCUGUGUACGUACUCACUCACACACACGCACACACACGCACACCUGCGGCCGCGGCGCAGUUCGACGCGUACCGCUUCCGGCUGGAGGCGGCGGGCGAGGCGCCGCGCACGCUGCAGCGGCCCGCCGCGGCCGACUCGCACGCGGUCGACUUCCGCGGCCUCGUGCCCGGCCGCCUCUACAACCUCACCAUGUGGACCGUCUCGCGCAACGUCACCAGCCACCCCGUGCAGCGCCAGGCGCGCCUGUGUACGUACUCACUCACACACACGCACACACACGCACACCUGCGGCCGCGGCGCAGUUCGACGCGUACCGCUUCCGGCUGGAGGCGGCGGGCGAGGCGCCGCGCACGCUGCAGCGGGCCGCCGCGGCCGACUCGCACGCGGUCGACUUCCGCGGCCUCGUGCCCGGCCGCCUCUACAACCUCACCAUGUGGACCGUCUCGCGCAACGUCACCAGCCACCCCGUGCAGCGCCAGGCGCGCCUGUGUACGUACUCACUCACACACACGCACACACACGCACACCUGCGGCCGCGGCGCAGUUCGACGCGUACCGCUUCCGGCUGGAGGCGGCGGGCGAGGCGCCGCGCACGCUGCAGCGGGCCGCCGCGGCCGACUCGCACGCGGUCGACUUCCGCGGCCUCGUGCCCGGCCGCCUCUACAACCUCACCAUGUGGACCGUCUCGCGCAACGUCACCAGCCACCCCGUGCAGCGCCAGGCGCGACUGUACCCCCGGCCGGUGUCGGAGCUGCGCGCGACCGAGGUGGGCGCUCGGCAUGUGGCGCUGGCGUGGGCGCGGCCGCCCGGCGACUUCACGGACUUCGAGGUGCAGUACCUGGCGGCGCCCGACCAGCUGCAGGCCGUGCGCACUGACAAACUGCACCUCAACCUCACGGCCCUGCGCCCGCACCGCGACUACACCUUCACCGUAGAGACGCGGGCGGGCACGCCGGCGACGAUCCUGACGCGGUCGCGCGCGCGCUCGCUGGCGGUGCGCACGCGCGAGGCGGCGCCGGGCGCGCCGCGUAACUUCGCGCCGCGCGACGCGCGCCCCAGUGAGCUCACGUUUGCGUGGCACCUGCCGCCUGACGAGCGCAACGGCGUACUCCGACGCUACAUACUCACCUAUGCGCCUCGCGACCAUCCCGACGACGUGCACACGCUCGAAUUCCCACCCGACGGUAGGUUCCAACACUGGUAA